AUGGAUUCACAUAUUUUGGACAGGAAAAAAUUAGCAACCUUGGCAAGAAGCAAAAGGAAGCAAAUUAUCAAAGAUAGAAGAACAAAGAGGAACCGAGUUGAUGACAUCAGAAGUUCUGCCAAAAAUCAUUUCAGAACACCUCUAUCUAAUAUUAUCAAUUCAGUUUUGAAUUCGACGAAGCCGAAUUUCAAUUCAAUGCCAAUUGCAACUGUUCUUGAUAAUGCACAUAGAUUGAACACACCAACAUCUUCAUCAGGAAGCUCCAAAUCUAACAUUACUUUUAAUCAUUUGUCCCCACCAUAUUCGUCCGCGUCUGCAAGGAAGAGAAGGAUGAGAAUCAUUAGACAGAAGGCUAAUGUGUCAAGUAUACAUGAUGGCAACAUUGUCAACAAUAAUGGUGGUGAUGUGUUGAACCAUUCUGCACUAACUGAAAAUUCAUAUACGACUCUGUGUGCAAUAAAAUCCUCAUCGUAUAAUCAAAGAAAUCAUUUACCAUCUACUACAAAUGCUAACAUUUCUAUUACAAGUUCUAACAUUCAAAGUGAUGUGUCAGAUGAAGAAUGUUCGACAGAUGAAUAUUUCAGCGAUAAUUCAUGCGAAUUUAUAAAUAAAAAGGGUGACGAUGAGACAUUUUCAUGUUCAGAUGACGAUCAAUAUUAUGAUAACACUUCUACCCCGGUUUAUUGUCCCAACUCUGGUUAUUCAGACAUUGUUGAUCCUGCAAUUGAAUACACGCAUUGUGGAGCCUAA